AUCUCAAUCAUCCUUGUUUGGUUCCUAGAAGCGUUAAUUUUUCCUGGUUUGACAGAAGUUUGGGCAUUUCCUUUAAAACACUUGAAAGCAAUCGAAUAACUUUUACAAGCUCAACCUAGACCUAGCCAAAAUGUUGGACCAUGAAUCAAUUUGCUGUCGCUUGUGCAUAAAUAUUUGUUGUCAACCUCAUAGUCUUUAUGAUGAGGCUGGCCAAGCCAAUGAGAUCCAUAGACUAAUGAGCAAAUAUUUCACCAACACAAUGUUGAAUAUGGAAUGGGAGCAACGUUUGACCUACAUCUGUGAGGAGUGCUGGCGUCAUAUCUAUGAAUUUCAUAACUUCCAAGAGGCCAUAAUAAAAGCACAAAUUGUUCAGGUGCAAGUAAAGGUGGAGAUGGAAAAAGAAGAAGAGAGCAGAGAGUUAUCCCAGCUCUCUGUGAAUGUUAAACCGCAAGUUGAGAUAAAGCAGAUUGAAAAUCAACUACAGCAGUAUCUAGAGAAACCAAUUCAAGACAACUGCAAGGACUUUGGCUUCGUCAAACAAACUCCUCAGUUCUCUGAAAAAAGAGAACUAUCCAAUUCUUAUGAUAGUUCAUCCAUGAUUUCCCAUCCCAUUAAAUUAGAACCACCUCUGGAUCUUGACCAUGACUAUGUAGAAUAUGAGCAAGAAGCCUGCUCUGACAUGGAAGUAACUGCAAAUGUUUAUGAUGAAGCGGCAAUGCCCACGGUAUCCAGGACUGCAAUUUCUUAUCAAGAAAAUGAAGAAGAAAACUCCAACUUUAGUUUCGAUGAUGAACAGCCCUUAUCUUCAAGAACUCGAAAGAAACCUUCAAAGUUUAAACAUCGUACCUUGGGGCAGUUUGAUCAGCUGAUAGCCCAAUGGAGAACCAAUUUGGAUUGUGUGAUCUGUCUUCAAGUAUUACCCAGCUAUUCUUUGCUACUGCAACAUUUCAAUGUGCUUCAUCCCGAGCAAGACUGCCAUCUACUAUGCUGCCAGUUGAAACUUACAACUCUAUAUGAAAUAGAACGGCAUAUACGCUAUCAUCAGGCCCCACCUCAUCUUAGAUGUGAUGCUUGUUGUAUGGCUUUCAUACAAGAGAAAUUGUUCAAGGCCCAUGUGCUGAAGGUACAUGAAGGCUGCAAGACCAAGAAAAAGCAGGCAAGCGACAGCGUAACAGUAAAAAAGAAAUAUGAAUGCAACGAGUGUGAGAGGUCUUAUGAAAGCGAGCUAAAACUGAAACUCCAUGCGCGAGUUCAUGUACCUAAAAAAUUCAAAUGCACCUUGUGCACCAAGUCCUUUGGACGUCAUUCGGAAUUUCUGGAACAUAUGGAAAGGCAUAAGGGAGACAAAAAAUAUGUGUGCUCGUAUUGUUCGGAGGCAUUUACCUGCAAGCGUUAUCUAUUGAGGCAUAUAAAGAAUUAUCGCCAUGAGCCAAAGGCUAAGGUUCCAGUGCCAGAAGCUGGAAUUAAAAACGUUUUGAAUAAAAAAACUGAAGCUGAAGUAGGAUGUUUAGAUAAGAAGCCAAUAGCAGUGCCAACCACAGAGACAGAAGAUUCAAUCAAGUUUGAAUCUGAUAUCUUGACACAAAAUUAUGAAACCCUUAAUCUGGAUAUAACUAAAGAACAAUCAGCAUCCAACUCCACGGCAGAAGAUGACUUAUCAUUACAGUUAGGAAAACCUAAUGAAGAAGCCCUUACCCAACAGGAUUCCGAUGCCUUGAUAGCUCAAUGGAAACCCAAUUUGGAAUGUCCUCUAUGCCAGGAAAUACUUUCCAGUUUUUCCCUACUCAACAAACAUUUCCAAUUGCAGCAUCCUUUUGAAAAAUCUCAUAUUCUAUGCUGUCAGCGUCCGUUAUAUCGCCCCAAAGAUAUUGAAUAUCACAUUGAAUAUCACAAGGCCCCCAAGGAUUUGAAAUGUGACCUUUGUUGCACAUAUUAUCGCAACAGAUUACGCAUAUAUCAACAUAAUUAUUAUCAGCAUACCACAACAGACAAAGGUUCUCCUCAGCCUAAAGCCACCGAAGAUAGGCCCCAUGAAUGUCCCCACUGUCAAAAGACUUACAAAUCUAAAAGCAAUCUCAAAAAGCACUGUCAAUUGCUACACAAUAAGGAAACUUUGAAGCAUACUUGCCCCAUAUGCCACAAGGCCUACCUCUAUGAAUCUCAGCUGCGCUAUCAUAUGGUCAUUCAUAGCCGUGAAAAUGAACAUAUUUGUGAUUUUUGUUCAGAAUCAUUUCCUUAUUAUUAUGGCCUAUUGGCGCAUUUGCAAAGGGCCCAUUACUCACAGUGGAAAGAAAUGCAGCAAAGACAAGAGAAAAUGCCAAUUAGUAAAAAUAAAGUCCUGCUUAGAGAGAAAAAACAAGUGCAAAAUGAAAAGGAACUUUUGGGAGAACUCUCCUGCACUCUAUGCCUAAUGGAAUUUGCAACUUUAAGAGAUUUAAGUGAACAUGUUGCCACAGUACAUUCCCAGGAACAACUGGUGAAGGGCUUAACUAAAGAAGAGAAGGAAGGCUAAACUAAAACUAGAUUCCUCAUUUAUACAUAUGUACAAUAGCAUAUAAAAUUAAGAAAACAAAAUAAUGAAAACAAUGAAAUUUUUAAAAAAUUUCUUAAAGCCAUGAAAAUAUUGACACAAUUUUUCAUAAAAAAUAAUAUUUCAAGAACAAA